AUGGAAGAUUCUACCCUUGAAUGGUUCGGUGCCACGACAUUCCGCCUUCGAACAAGAGGCGUCACCGUCUUCCUAGAUACUUGGCUCGACAGACCUUCCGUACUGAAGACUUAUCUCCCAGUUGACGAAGUAAAAGAGGCCGACUAUAUCUUUAUCUCACAUGCUCAUUUCGACCACCUCCCCGGCGCAGAUCGCAUCGCCAUCAUGACCGGCGCCAUCGUCAUAGCCAAUAACGAAGCAAUCAACCUCCUAAGAGAGGGCGGCGUUCCAGAACACCAACUCCUGCCUGUUCAAGGCGGCGAGAGAAUUCCGUUAUUCACUCGCGAGACCUGGAAUAAAGCUAAUGCUAACCCAUCGUUGUUCUGUCCCGGUCCUCCUGGAGCACCUCGACGUCCACUGGACAAACUUGCAGCGUUUUCAGUAGAUGUCUGGCCUUCAUUGCACUGCAUGAUGCCUACAGAUCACCCUGAAGUUAUCGACACAGCGACUGUAUACAAAGGGUCAGCGAGUCCCUACAGCUGUACUCUCGAUAUCACAAUCGGCAUGAAAUACGGUUUGCUCAAGAUCGGAGAGCUCAUGCCGGCGGAGAAGCUAACACCUGGCCACCGCUCCUUUAUCGAGUAUGUCGGCGACCGAAAGCGAAACCUCUUUUCGCACAGUGAUGGUGGGCAAUUGAUGUUCAACUUUGUCAUUGGUGAGAAAGCAUUUCUUUGGAGUGCACAUCUAGGAGGUUAUGAGGGUAUUCUGCGAGACUUACAGCCAAAGCCUGAUAUUGCGAUAUUGGCUAUCGCUGGAAGAGCGAAUCUUAAUGGUAGACCAUUUGAUGGUUCUGCAGCUGAGUUUGCGGCUAUGAAGGUUGGUUGGUUGGGUAAUCCGUCUCAGGUGAUCUGGUGUUUACAUGAUGAAGCAUGCAUUCCACCUUGGAGGACCAAGACUGAAGCGGCUACAAAAGCCGUCGAGAAGAAUGGCAAGACAAAGGUUUUGACGAUGGACUUUGCUCGGCCGGUCAAGUUAGACAUCUAG